AUGCCCUCCGACACGCACCGCGCCGACGAGCGCCGCUUCCUCGACGAGCGCGGCUCCAACGUCAGCCUCGCGCCUAACGGGCUCAACCCAGCCACAAUAAUGGAGAAAGCCGUGCGCGAGCGCAUCGUGGACGCCUACUUCUACAAAGAACAAUGCUUCGGGACCAACGAGGCCGACGUCGUCGACCGCGUCGUCGAGCACGUGUCCUUCGUGGGCGGCACGUACGGCGACACGCAAAAGCCCACACCGUUCCUAUGUCUGGCCUUCAAACUACUCCAGCUGGCGCCGGGCGACGAUGUACUACGCGAGUAUUUGGCGUUUGGGGGGGAGAAGUUCAAGUACCUCCGCGCACUGGCGUGUUUCUACGUGCGCAUGACGCGCCGCGCCGAGGAUGUGUAUAAGAUCCUCGAGCCCUUCCUCGAGGACCGGCGCAAGUUGCGGCGGAAGGGCCGCGCGGGGACGACGCUGACGUUUGUCGACCAGUUCGUCGACGAGUUGUUGACGAAGGACCGUGUUUGUGGUACGAGUUUGUGGACUAUGCCGAAGCGCGAGAUCUUGGAGGAUUUGGAGGUGCUGGAGCCAAGGACGAGCCCGCUGGGCGAUAUUGAGGACUUGCUGAAGGAGGACGAGCUUAUGGAGGGGGUGGCGGAUGGUGGUGGUGGCGGGCCGCGGGAUGGGAGCGAUGAUGAGGAUGAGGGGCUGGUUGACGAGGGUGGGGAUAGGGGGCGCGGGAGGUCGAGUUCGGGGUCGAGUGUGAGGGGACGUUCGGAUUCGAGGGAACGGCGUCGGUCACAGUCGCGGUCGCGGUCACGAUCACGGUCACCAGAUGAGAUGGAUGUCGAUCGUCGCGAGAGAGCAAGCAAGGACGGCAGUCGAUAG